AUGGUCUCUAUCAUGGGAUCUCAGAAAGCUAAGAAACUACUCUGUUCCGAGCUCCAAAGAAAACAAACACCAUCUUACACAACGCUUGUCAACAAAGGAUACUCUUUGACGUUCACCACCAAAAUUUGGCAGAAGUGGCCGGCUCGAUACUCUCGGUGCCAGUCUGAGCUUUUUGUUCAUGAUGAUCUGCGCUACACAAGAACUCCAGACAGACGUUAG